GCGGUCAUACGCAGGGGGCGGGGCGCGGUGACGUUUAUAUAAAAGCGACAGCCGCCUGUCCCCUCCCUCUCUUCAGCCGGAUUCGGUGACAAGAUGUCCCACCGUAAGUUCUCGGCCCCCCGGCACGGCUCCCUGGGCUUCCUGCCGCGCAAGCGGAGCAGGCGGCACCGCGGCAAGGUCAAGAGCUUCCCCAAAGACGACCCCAGCAAGCCUGUGCACCUCACCGCCUUCCUGGGCUACAAGUCCGGCAUGACCCACAUCGUGAGGGAGGUGGACCGGCCCGGCUCCAAGGUGAACAAGAAGGAGGUGGUCGAGGCGGUGACCAUCGUGGAGACGCCCCCGAUGAUGGUGGUGGGCGUGCUGGGCUACGUGCAGACGCCCCGCGGCCUGCGCUCCUUCAAGACCGUGUUCGCCGAGCACAUCAGCGACGAGUGCAAGCGGCGCUUCUACAAGAACUGGUACAAGUCCAAGAAGAAGGCCUUCACCAAGUACUGCAAGAAGUGGCAGGACGAAGAGGGCAAGAAACAGCUGGAGAAGGACUUUGCCGCCAUGAAGAAGUACUGCCAGGUCAUCCGCAUCAUCGCUCACACCCAGAUGCGCCUGCUGCCCCUGCGGCAGAAGAAGUCCCACCUGAUGGAGAUCCAGCUGAACGGGGGCACGGUGGCCGACAAGGUUGACUGGGCGCGCGAGAAGCUGGAGCAGGCUGUGCCCAUCUCCACCGUCUUCACCCAGGACGAGAUGAUCGAUGUCAUCGGGGUCACCAAGGGCAAGGGCUACAAGGGCGUCACCAGCCGUUGGCACACCAAGAAGCUGCCGCGCAAGACCCACAGAGGCCUGCGGAAGGUGGCCUGCAUCGGCGCCUGGCACCCGGCCCGCGUGGCCUUCUCCGUGGCACGAGCUGGGCAGAAGGGCUACCACCACCGCACCGAGAUCAACAAGAAGGUCUACAAGAUUGGCCAGGGCUACUACAGCAAGGACGGGAAGCUGGUGAAGAACAAUGCCUCCACGGAGUAUGACCUCUCCAACAAGAGCAUCAAUCCCCUGGGUGGCUUCGUGCACUACGGCGAGGUGACCAACGACUUCAUCAUGCUGAAGGGCUGUGUGGUUGGGACCAAGAAGAGGGUGCUGACUCUCCGCAAGUCCCUGCUGGUGCAGACCAGCCGGCGCGCGCUGGAGAAGAUCGACCUCAAGUUCAUCGACACGACCUCCAAGUUCGGGCACGGCCGCUUCCAGACCGUUGAGGAGAAGAAGGCGUUCAUGGGACCACUCAAAAAGGACCGGAUUGCCAAAGAGGAGACUGCCUGAAGCCUGCCUCUCUCUGCUCUGUCUCUGGUGUACUGAGUCUUCAUGCAUUGCUACAGAGUUUAAUAAAAACUGUAAAAAAAA